GAGGAUGCGCUUGAAUCCUGCACGCCCAGACCGACUGAUAGCGUGUAGCACCGCAGCUAUCUAGCUCUAUUUGUAUCAAAUACCGUGUGGAAGCUGUCAUACAUAAAAGUUACUCGCUGUAGACACUUCGGGACAUUGCUACUGUUAUCAUGGAGACAUUGCACGAGCUGCUAUAUUGGAUAGGUGCUGUCACUGUCGCCUGGGUGUCGGUAUGCACGCUGUUUUAUCUGUUCAACGGGCUUCGUGUGUGGAUUUUGGGGAAUGGAAAUUUGAUCCAGGCAUCCAAACUCGGGAAAUGGGCAGUUGUGACUGGGGCCACCGAUGGAAUCGGAAAAGCCUAUGCGGAGGAGCUUGCUCGACAAGGUUUUGCUAUUGUUCUCAUCAGCCGUACUCAAGAAAAGCUGGAUGAAGUGUCUAAAGCUAUCGAGAGCAAGUAUAAUGUAGAGACCAAAACCAUUUCUGCGGACUUUGGAUCUUUGGACAUCUACCCUAACAUUGAGUCUGGAUUGGCUGGCCUUGAAAUAGGAGUUUUAGUUAACAAUGUUGGUGUGUCCUAUUCUUACCCAGAGUUCUUCCUCAACAUUCCUAAUGUUGAUAGUUUCAUCAACAACAUGAUCAACAUCAACGUUACAUCAGUCUGUCAGAUGACACGACUGGUAUUGCCCAGGAUGGUAGAUAGGUCUAAAGGAGUGAUCUUGAAUAUUGCCUCGGCUAGUGGCAUGUACCCAGUUCCUCUCCUUACCCUCUAUUCUUCCACAAAGGCCUUUGUGGACUUCUUUUCUCGUGGACUUGAUGCAGAGUACAAAAGCAAAGGGAUAAUAAUACAGAGUGUGCUACCAUUUUUUGUGACGACCAAACUGAGCAAGAUCAAGAGAGCCUCUCUUGACAUUCCCACUCCAGAACGCUAUGUAAAAGCCCAGCUGAGCACUGUAGGUCUUCAGACUCAGACCAAUGGUUACCUCCCUCAUGCCAUCAUGGGUUGGGUGACUACUUCUCUGCUUCCUGCUAAACUGCUCAAUAAGUAUGUUAUGAGCAUGGGGUUGUCCCAGCGUGCACGCUAUCUGAAGAAACAGAAGCAAGGUUAGAGGAAGACAAAAGGACAGACAGAGGGAUGACGUGGUGUAAAGGGGAAACGGGACCAACAAAAAAUCAUGAAUCGUCCCUUUUGCUGUCAGGGGCCAAAGAGCAGUCAAACCAAUCUGCUCAUUGUAGGUCUGUCUCCAUUGAGAUGGUUUGAAUCAAGGGUUGCAUUUUCCACGCAUUAAUUGGUGUAUUGAGCUUUUGAGAGUCUUAGCUAACCAAAACAUGAUUUGCUUGAACAGCUUUUUCUGACUAGCUAUGUUAACUAAAGACAACUGCACACUAGCUGAAGUCUCUGUAAUGUUCUUUGUAUCAUCCUGUAAGUGUAGAUAAGAACAGUUUGUUUGGUUAUUUUUAAAAUGUAGAGUGAAUAAGUAGCUCUCUUUUUAAAAGUCACCAAAUGAACAUAAUGAGAAACAUAUUCUCAAAUUAGACAGCAUUCCUACAAAUCAUUAAAUAUUGCAAAUGGACUUCUCCAAAGUAGUACACUUGGUCCAAGUUUGUCCAUUUCUUUCAAAGCGGUUGUUUAAACUAAAUCUUAUAACAGAUGGCACUAUAUUCUAACUGUAAAGCAUCUUCUUUAAAAGGGAUGUGAUUAUAUUGCACUAACUCUUGUGGCAAGUUAUUAACUUUGUAAUGCUGAUACGGCUGGUGAUGGAAAGCAAACUAGAAUUUAUUUGAUUUACAAAUUUAAAGCUAAGGCUGCAUUUCCAGUAUUAAGUUCAGUGUAAAUGCACUAGUUUCUCCAAAACAACACCAUAUGAUUCUUAGUGUUGCUAAAUGAGGGUGUCAUAUAUUCAAGUUUCACUGUGAAUAACACUUACAAGAUGGCAGUCUAAACCCAGCAACAGCAGGCUAAAGGCAACUACAGCAGCACUUGAGUAUGUACAGUAAUGUAGGAUAAUCGGCAUGUCUGUUUCUGAAUUAAUCUUGCAUUUCAAAUAAAGCAAUUAUUUCUAAUAACA